CCAUCCGCCAUAUUGGCGGACGAGAAGUACCGGAGGCCUGGGUUGAGUGGUCACCAGUCUUUUCGCAACUAUCAUCAUUUCAAAACAUGGCGACCACCGUGGAAGACGUUUGUCCAUCGGUGGAAGAUCUCACUCGAAAGGAAAAUGCAGAUCCUCUUCCAUGCCCUACACAAGGAUGUUCUAGAGUGUUUCACAAUCGUGCCUGUCUCCGGAUGCACCUAAUCAAGACUCAUGGAGUUGCUUCGAGCAGCGAAGAGAAGCAGCUUUAUGUUCGCGGUCAGAGCAAGAAUCGGGUUGAGAAACAUUUUUACUGUCCAGUUAAACAUUGUGUACGUGGACAAGGCACAAAAAGACAUUUCCCGCGGAUGUCACAGCUGAAACAGCAUUACAUGACAGUUCACGCAGAGAAAAAGAAUGUUUGUAGCAAAUGUGGCAAAGGUUUUGGUUUGCCAGAUACAUGCCACCGCCAUGAGCUUAAAUGUGGACAGUUGUUUAUUUGUUCAUGUGGAUGUCCUUAUACCACAGUGGAAGCACUCUUCACUCAUGCACGAAGACAAAUGCACAAACUGCCAGAAUGUUACACAACAAAGAAAGAAAGUUCAAAACUGCCAGUACCUGCGAGUGCAGUGACCCUUGUUGUUGUUAAACCUGUUAUCCCAGUUUUCCCAUGCACUGAAAAGAACUCUGGAAAGAAUGGUGGACAGUGCCCAAGUAGAACAAAACUCUGCCCAAUCCUUCCUAAACCUGGUCUAGCCAUUCCCUUGGAAGCUGGUGAAAGUUUGAUCGACACUGCAAAGAAACAAGUGUUCACCAAGUCUGUGGAAACACAAACACCCUUUGAUGUUCACAGCAUGCAUACUCAAACACCCAGUCAUUCAACAAUCGCAGAGCAGGCAUGCGAUUCGUAUACACAGACCCCUGCUCCAAUUACCACGCGGCAGUUUCAGUUCAACAACGAUGGACAAAGUCUUGGGAUUGGUUUCAACAACCAAGCUUCAGUUGGAACCCAGGUGGCCAUGUUGGCAAGCCAUAGUGACUUUGGUGUGGGCACUGAUGACAGCUUCCUGGCACAACUGGGUUGUUUUGCUGCUGGUAGUUGUAGUAGUACAAGACAGCCAUUUGCGUUGCCGCAGGCCACCCCGGUUCAACACCUCCCUCCUAUAAGUUCUUUUGUUACAGGCCAACAAAGGCCAGGCUUUGUGACCACAAAUGAAAAUUCAAUGCAGACACUUGAUAUUGACCCAUUGUGUUUAAAUAUCCAAACGCAAACCAAUCUUACAAGCACUGAUUUGGCACUAAGUGACUUAAGACCCUUAAGCAGUGCGCAAACUCAGACGUGUGGCUUGGAACAGGUUCCCCUUGAGGACAACGAGACACAGACUUUGAUUUCCUUGCUGGGCAUUGAUGCAAACAGCUCAAUUGACUCUGGAACUCAGACGCACACCCUUCUGGAUGAUCUAUUUGACACUCAAGAUAUUGAACUGACUGAGUCGCAGACUCAAACUUGGUUCACGGAUUUCUCAUCGAUUACGUCACCUGGUCUGGAUAAUAGUGGAAAUGAGUUUGUUUACAAUGAUGACCUGGUUGACAUUCACACACAAACAUCCAUUGUGAUGUCAGACUUCAGUGAGCUUGCUGAUGACACUGAAUUUGCCAGCUCGCAAACUCAAACAUUACAGAGUGACUUUGUCUGCUCCAGUUUGUUGUCAUCAAGUGUCCAGACAGACACCCACUGGGCACAGGUGACACAAACAGAUGAACAGUUCAGAAAUGGAUCUGUAACUUCCACAAGUUCUCAAACACAGACUCGUCAAAGUAUUCUUGAUCAAACCUGCAUUGUCUCCAGUGCAGAAACACAAACCUAGUUAAUCUUGGCAUCCACAUGCUGUAACUUUGCAGUGUAGAUUUACUGGUCAGGAAUAAUAUUGCAUUGAAUAAAAUGUAAAUCAUAAUUCAUUAAAAUUGUUUUAUGUUAUCUUUAUAUAGAUGUAAUUAUUGCUCCAGUGGAGCUCAUUUUAUGCCAUCCAAGAGUUUGAAUGGCAUCUUCUCUUAUUUCCCUGCUGCAUCAAGGAGAAUAAGAUGUCUUCAUACUUAAUUACCAGACAAGCAAUUACAUGAUGCAAACCAAAGUGACGAAAACAGAGCAGUUUUGAGUGAGUGUUGCAGAACCAAAACCAAAGAAAUCAUCCUAACCAAUUACAAAGGACACAGACAAUGCACUGAAUUAAUCUAAACUUGAAGUAAAUACAUGGAGCUGGUGUGUACGCGUGCAAGCAAGUCAAGAUUUAUUUAGUGUUAGUUCUGAUCGGAUGACAGAGUGGUUCAAGUUGGUUUAAGUCAAUCACAUAGGAUAGUAAUGUAAAACCACAGCAAAUACAAAUUACUUUUGACACUCAAGUGAAAGCCACUCUAAAAGAGCCUGGUGAUCAAAUCUCAUCCAUCAAAACCUUAGCAUAAUACUUUAGCCAGAGCCUCCAAGUGAUGAAGCAAUGCCUGCACUGCAGGCAUCAAAUUCCCCCUGCCCCUGAUUUACAUGUAGACUAGUGCUUGUUGAAGAGUUGCCUUGCAAUACUUUAAUUUGGAGUUGUGUUAUGCCAGGAAAUUUCUCACAAUAUGUCACUUUUGAAAACUGGCUUUUUGCGGUAAGUUUUCACUCUACACAACAUUAAUGGAGGAGGGUUACCAGUUACUUACUAGUAGAGAAAGUGGUGCAUGGGCCAGGUGAUGUUUAAUAUGCACUGAACUCCUCUGCAUAUGUCCAUCAGUUGGGAAGAGAGUGUAACGAGAAAUACAAGUUAAGAAAUUCGUGAGUUAUUAGUCAUGGAUC